CGCCACUCUGUACAGCUGCAAAGUACAAGUUCAAAGAGGUUACGGCUAUUUACGUCGCUCAUAAUAUUCCGAAAGUUUGGAUUAAACCUGUAUCACUAUGUUCAUGCGAAGUUGUUUGGAUUUGAUAAGCAAACAGGUAUUUUUGCCCAGACCACUCACAGUAGCAACAUCUGCUUGGUAUUCAACUUCGCCAUCGAUUCCAACUCCACCUAAAAGGGGUAAAACUGCUUGGGUGUUAUACUUUUCUGAGCACUGGCCAUUACUGGUGAAAGAGAACCCUGGUAUUUCAAAAAGUGAUAUAUUUAAGAAGCUCUCUGAUAACUGGCACAAGCUGGAUAAAAGUGUGUUAGAGAAGUACCAACAGAUUUCUGAAGAAUCAAAGAAGAAGUAUCAGGAGGAAAUAGAAGUUUACAAGGCAAACCUUUCUUCUGAUGACAAACUAGCAAUUGCAAAGCAUAAGGCAACUUUAAAAAAGGAGAAAAAAGACAAAACGAAAAUUAACCAAAAAAAGCAUCUAAAAGCACUUGGAAUGCCAAAGAGACCCCGUAAUGCUUACAUCAUAUUCCAAAUGGACUAUGCAAAGAAAAAUUAUGAAAGUGGUUACCAAGCUAUCAAGGAAUCUGCCAAGAUAGCUGCAGUAUGGGCUCAGCUACCAGAAAAGGAAAAAUCUAAAUGGCUUGAGCUAGCUGCUGAGGAGGAAAAGGAGUACAAGAGACAUCUUCAGGAGUGGGAAUCAAGAAUGAUUGCUGAAGGGAACAUAGAAAUUAUACACACUAAAUCAAAAUCAAAGUGAAUGUAAUGUGUCAUCACUUGAUUACUUGUUUGAGUAAAAUUAACUAGAUAGUACACAUUAAGUAUGCCAAUUUUGAGUUUGUUUUUUUGUUCUGUUGUACUUUUAGUCUACGUAUGAGAGAAUAGGUUACACAUUUGUUUUGUAGUAUGUUUCUGACUUGUCAAAAUAUGCUCAUAAGACAGCAAACACGGACAAACUAUUCUCUCUGAACUAGUCAUGAAUCUUUUCGGUUUCCAUCCUCAACUCAAGAGUUGGCUAAAUUUCUGAUUAAUUUUAAUCUAUGAAAGCUAAUGGAGUACAGUUUAAUGAUCUCAUCCAUCUCAGAAUUCACAAAUUGUGUUAUAAACCCACAUGAAAACUCAGUGUUCGGUUCGUUACUAUAAUGAUUGUUUGUGUUAUGUUCUACAGUAGUAAGUAAUCAAUCAUGCAAAAAUAAAGUAAGUCUUUGUCUCGCA